AUGAUAGAUAAACCACCAUUAUCUAUAUUUUCUACAGGUCCAAAAAUUAAUGAUAUUAAUGGGACAAUUCAUAUAGUAAAACAUGAUUAUACUUUUGUACCAAUGGGUCAAACAUUUGAAUUACCCUGUGAUGCAAUUCAGUCAGCCAUUGAAAAUGGACAUCAAAUAAAAAAAACAAAGUGGUUUUUUGAUACAAAUGAUAUUUUAAAUCAUAGAGAAAUUAAUAAUGAUAAUAUUUAUGAAAGAUUUAUAGUUGAAAAUAAUGAAUCAAUUUUAAUUGGUGGUUUUGCACAAUCUUCUGACCAAGGUUUUUAUAGUUGUCAUGUUUUAACAAAAUCAAAUGAAGAAUAUGCCUCAAGGUAUGAUGUUUAUGUACAAGAUUGUGGUGAUGAAAAUUUUGAAUUAACAACAUAUAGAAAUUAUAUGAAUCCAUGUCUUUAUGGGAAAUGUUUAUUAGAAAAAAUUGCUUCAAUAAAUAUCUCAAAUAUAAAUACAAAUUUUUUAAAACUUAAAUGUAAUUGUUUAGAAGAUUUUACUGGAUAUUUUUGUGAGGAACGUAGAGAAAAUUAUGAAUACAAAUUAAUUGCAUUUUACCUUCCAAUAUUUAUUUAUUUUACUGUUAUGAUUUUACUAAUUAUUUUUUUUGAAAAUUACACCAUGUUUUCAAAGAAGCCAAGAAUUCCAAUUAAAGGAUUAAUACCUUAUUCAUGGGGUAAAACUCCAUUUGAAAAUGUUAGACAAAAUAAAACUUGA